CGCAGAGUGAUCACUCGACCUGCUCGGAAACUCGACUCGGUCAGCAUUGAGGAGCACAAGAAGCAGGAUCUCGUUGAAGAUAUCAAGACCUACCUUUCGCACGAGAGCAAGUCCUGGUAUGCGAAUCGUGGCAUACCGUGGAGACGUGGCUAUCUGUUCUAUGGACCGCCAGGCACCGGCAAGACGUCUUUCUGCACAGCACUUGCAGGCCACUUCGAGAUGCCGCUCUACAUCCUCUCCUUGAGCAAUUCCAACAUCAACGACUUCGCCUUGGAGAUGUGCUUCGAUGCGCUUCCGACUAGAUGUCUUGUACUGCUAGAAGACGUGGAUUCGGCCGGAAUCGAGCGCGUGAAGAAGGAGAGAAAGAGCAGCAAGCCAGGGGUCAUGAUGGGGCCCAUACCUCAGAAAGGUGUGACUUUGGCCGGAUUGUUGAACACUAUCGACGGCCCAGUCUCUCACGAGGGCCGCGUACUUGUGAUGACGAGCAAUAGUCCAGACAAUCUCGACACUGCACUGCUCCGCCCUGGACGUGUCGACAAGAAGGUUCUCUUUGGCAAUGCGUCGAACGAAGUCACCGCGCAGCUCUUCCUUCACAUCUUCGCCGAGACACCAAGCGAGAAGACGGAUCAGAAGGAGGCGUCCCAGCAUGACCUGCCGGCUCUGGCGAAACAAUUCGCCAGCUUCAUACCUGACGACAAGCUGACACCUGCGGAGAUUCAGAACUAUCUCUUGGAGAUGCGUGAGGAUCCCGUGGCCGCUGUUAAUUCAGCUGCGAAGUGGUCAGCGUCC